AUGAACAUCACACCAGUUUCAAGAAACACAACUGAACCUUUAGCUUGCAUCAAAAAUAUUAACAAUCAUAUAUAUGAUUAUAGUCCUUCUAAUGAAGAGCCUAAGUAUUUGAAAAGGUGUAAGUCUCAAUCUACAACAAAGCUAUCUAGACAAUUACCAAGGACACCAUCAAAUAAAUAUCAUGCAAGAAGCAAAAGAAGGACCAACUCAACUACACCACCAAUAAGCUUGAAUAUACCAUCCAGUCCUUUCAUCUAUCUGGAGUUUUCAUUAAACUCAUCCGGUUCUGACUCUUCUGAUUUAGAAUCAUUGUCUGAUUUAUAUGAGGACAAAGAUACGCCAUUUUCAUCUCCCAUAAACCGAAAUCCUUUGACACCUAAUGAUUCAUUUUUUUCGUUUACACACAAAGCUGUACCGGUGGAAUCAUUACUACCAAAGCGUACCCAAAUAAGUAUAUUUGAAAUACCAGAAAUUGUCAACAAGAUAAUUGAAUUUGCUGAUAUUCAAAAUACAGUUGUUCCUCAAGAAAGUACACCAGUCAGAAGAAAACCUUUAUCAAGCAAUCAUGCUCUUUUAAUUUAUGGAAAUAAGCAUCAAGCAGAUUUAUCUAUGCAAGUCCACUCUACACAGCAUAACAAUAAUAAUAAUGGAGUCUUGUUCAACUGCUUACAGGUCAACAAACUUUUUAAUCAAGUUACAAAUGAAGUUCUCAGUCAAAAACUAUUCUUCAAUGAUGAAAGAAAACUUCAUGGCUAUCUUCAAAAUUUAAAAGUAAGUCAACUGAAAUCAAAGCCUUCGCUUUUUGUUUUCCACAAAUUAUUCCACGCAAAGCAAGAUAUUAUUGAACUAAUCAAGAAUCAUAUGGAUUUUGCAAAUUUACAAUGGCUUGAAUUUUACAUGUGUCCUAAACUUUUACCGACUGCAGAAUUUUUUCUAUAUGGUUCAAAUAUUAAGAAAAUAGUAAUUACAGGAUCCAAAGUAAUUGACGAUGGGUUUUUAUCUAUGGUCGCUAAAAAGUGCCCCAACCUAGAAGUAUUAGAUAUACGUGCAUGUGAGUUGAUUUCUGAUUCAGGUAUCUAUCAGAUAGCAAAACAGUGUAGGAAUUUAACUACUGUCAAUUUUGGGAGGAAAAACAAAGGGAAUUUAAUUACUGAUUCCAGUCUUUGCAUGUUGAUUCGUAACAACCCUAAUUUGGACACUGUGGGUCUUGCUGGAUGUCAUAUUACUGACAAAACUUUAUGGGACCUUGCAGUCAGAUGCAGUGACAGUUUGCAAAGACUAUCCUUAAACAACUGCCCUUACAUAACUAACCAAUCUAUCCCCUUGAUUCUCCAUAGUAAUCUAUUCAAAAACUUAUCUGUGUUAGAAUUACGUUUUGCUAACCAAAUCACUAAUUUCAAACCAAUCAUAGAAUUUAAGAGAAGACAAGAGUUCAGAGGGGUUUCAAUCUUAAUUGAAGUAUGUGAGAGUUUAUGUUUGUUGAUGAGAGAACAGGAAUUAGAAAUGGACAAAGUAAUUUCGCAACGUAUUUUUGAAGAUAUAUCGUAUUGGGCAAAUGACAAUAACGAUGGAGAUUUACCAUAUGAGCAGUUUGUAAAUCGAAGAAGACUUAAGUAA